GUUCCCCAGUUAUUUUGUUAUAUAGUGAAGGUGGAAUAUAACUGUGUAGGAAACUCUAUAACAACAUUUGCCAACCUCAAUCAGCUGUAGAACAUGUCCCCGAUCUCAAACCUCUUCACCGACAACACAAUGAAAGUUCCUCCCUACGCAGUUCUCGUUCUCACUGCUAUCAUUACGGUUCUUUGGUUACUUCUCAAACGCUCGCCGCAACCACCUCUGCCCCCUGGACCACGAGGGCUACCUAUCGUCGGAAACCUCCCGUUUCUUAAACCAGACCUUCACACCUACUUCAGAGACCUCGCUCAAGAAUACGGUCCCAUCUUCAAACUCCACCUUGGCUCGAAACUAACCGUCGUGGUCAACACUCCUUCGCUAGCUCGAGAGAUCUUGAAAGAACAAGACAUCAAUUUCUCAAACCGUGACGUCCCUCUCACGGCUCGAGCCAUUACCUAUGGUGGUCUAGACCUCGUCUUUUUACCAUACGGUGCGGAGUGGAGAAUGCUUAGAAAAGUUUGCGUUCUCAAACUUCUUAACCGCAAGACGUUGGAUUCUUUAUACGGGCUACGGCGCAAAGAGAUCCGAAAAAGAACGAGAUAUCUGUACGACAAAAGUCAAGAAGAGUCGGCGGUGAACGUUGGAGAUCAGAUGUUCUUGACGAUGAUGAAUCUAACCAUGAAUAUGGUAUGGGGAGGAUCAGUGAAAGCUGAGGAUAUGGAAAGUGUUGGAACAGAGUUUAAAGGAGUGUGUUCUGAGAUAAUUAGGCUUUUGAGUUUGCCUAAUGUUUCAGAUUUCUUUCCUUGGCUAGCAAGAUUCGAUCUUCAAGGGCUUGUGAAGCGGAUGCGUGUGUGUGCCCAAGAGCUCGAUGCCAUAUUUGAUGGAGCUAUUGAGAAGAUGCCAAAGCUAGGAAGUAAGGAUGAUGGUGAGUGCAAAGACUUUUUGCAACAGUUGAUGAAGUUAAGGGACCAAGAAGUCGACUCGGAGGUUCCCAUCACGUUUAACCAUGUCAAAGCCGUACUCACGGAUAUGGUCGUUGGUGGUACUGAUACAUCAACGAGCACGAUAGAGUUUGCGAUGGCCGAGCUCAUAAAAAACCCAGAGUUGAUGAAAAGAGCGCAACAAGAGCUAGACGAAGUUGUUGGAAAAGAAAACAUUGUUGAAGAAUCAGACAUCAGUAGACUUCCUUACAUACUGGCCGUUAUGAAAGAAACACUUAGGCUUCACCCGACAGUUCCUUUGUUAGUUCCUCACCGUCCAGCUGAAACUGCUGUGGUGGGUGGUUACACCGUCCCUAAGGACACUAAGGUCUUCAUCAAUGUUUGGUCUAUUCAGAGAGAUCCAAACGUGUGGGAAAAUCCGAAUGAGUUUCGUCCCGAGAGGUUUCUUGAUAAUAAGUCUUGUGAUUUCACUGGAACUGAUUAUUGCUUUCUUCCUUUUGGAUCUGGCCGUAGGAUUUGUGCUGGUGUAGCACUCGCCGAGAGGAUGGUUUUGUACACUCUUGCGACGCUGUUACAUUCAUUCAAUUGGAAGAUUCCCGAAGGCCAUGUGUUGGAUUUGGAAGAGAAGUUUGGUAUUGUCUUGAAGCUCAAAAAAACUCUUGUUGCCUUGCCAGUUCCGAGGUUGUCCGAUUCUAAUCUUUAUCUAUAAAAGCUAAGAUCGUUGUAUUUAUUAAGGUUCGAACGUAUGUUUUUAGUGUUGGAUCAAUUAUUUAAAGUCAA